AUGGAAGCAAUUGAGGGGUCUUAUCGCGUAUGCGCGGGGAAGAACGACACCGCGGAGGAUGACGCAUACUACACACAAAGCGUGAAAAUGGGGAAGAAACUCCUCGAUGAGGUCUGGACUACUCCCUCCAAUGACCGAGCGAGUUUCUGCCUGCCAAAUAACUGGGUGCACCAAAAAGUAGAUUUGGUCACCGGAUUCAGUUCUCGCUUUCCGACUCGCUCGUCAGAGCCACCGUCGUACGACCAGCCUCCGCCUCCCUACGACGAUGUGAUUCAUGAUCUUCCACCUGAAUACUCUGCCCUACCUCUACUCGCGGAGCGCAAAUCGACGGCUGUUUCUUUCGCGCCAACGACUCGCCAAAAAUCGCAUAAUCAGUCUUCCUCGCUGCUGAAAGAUCGCAUGCUGGAUGUACGCAUUGAUUUUGAGAAUCCUAUCGGUGUUCGGGAACAUAAGAAGAAAAAAGCCCCGGCCGCAAAGAAAGCAGUACCGCCACCUACACCCCCUCCUCCGCCGCCGCCACCGGCAGGAGGGGAUGACAAUUCUAACGGCGACGGUGGUGCCGGUGAGGCUGGCGGUGAUUCAGGCGGCGCUGGAGGCGGUGAUGGGGGAGAUGGCGGUGACGAUUGGGGCGAUUGGAAUGUGAGCGGAAAGAAGGAUAAAAAGAAGAAAGAGCAGGAGGAGGAGGAGGAGCAAAAGGCCAAGGAAGAGGAAGAGAGAAAAGCCAAGGAGGAGGAAGAGAGACUGGCUAAGGAAAAGGAAGAAGAAGAAAGACAAGCCAAGGAAGAGGAAGAACGAAAGGCCGCUGAAGCUUCUGCUGCCAACAAUCUUAGCUGGGCUGAGGAUGACGGUGGGGGUGGGGGUGAUGACUCGUGGGCUGCCUUCACGAAUGUAGGAAAAAAGAAGAAAGGAAAGGAUGUUGCACCCCCUGGAGGGUUCCAGGACAUAAGUCUGAACGAGGCCGCACCGCAAUUGGAUUUGAAUUUCGAUAGUGCGGCUCCCAAGACUGGCGGAACUGGAUUUAGUUUCGGGGGAUGGGGCAAAGACUGGAAUACCGGUGGCAAGCUUGAUCCUCUUGGGGACGCUCCUCCUGAAUCCAAGGACAACAACCCAUGGGGACCACCCAAGAAAGUAUCGGAGCCUGGCGAUUUCGAUUUCGACUUGGGCUCCCCAUCUGCCGAAACCAAGCCAGCAGACGACUGGGGAGGAGGAGGUUGGGAUACGAGUAAAGACAAGGAGGGGACAGCCGAUCCAGAGCCCGUACCCGAGGCUCCCGCGCCUCCACCAAGAGUUGAUAUUACGCAGGAAGCUUGGUAUCUAGGUCUGUCGAAGAGGGAGCAGCGUAAAGCAAAGAAGGAGAUGGAGAAGAAAUGGAAAGACGAGGACGAAGCUGCAGCAAAGUUGGCAGAAGAGCAGGCGGCAGCUAAGGCGGCUGAACCGGAGCCUGAACCGGAGCCUGAACCGGAGCCGGAACCUGAGCCUGUACCUGAACCUGAACCUGAACCGGUAGUGGAGGAGACUAAACCAGCCGAGGGAGAUAAUGACUGGGGUUGGGGUGUUCCAGUGAAGACCAAAGAUAAGAAGAAGAAGAAGAUCGACCUUUUAGCUGAUCCGGAGCCUAUCAUCGAUGACCCACCAAAACCCAAAGAAGCAGUUGAUCCCUUUGCCGCUUGGGGAAUUUCAAAGGACAAGAAGAAAAGCAAAGGCAAAGUUGAGCCCAUACCUGAGCCAGAGCCUGUUCCGGAACCUGAACCUGAACCAGAACCCGUGCCGGAGCCAGAACCUGAACCAGAACCAGAACCAGAACCCGAGCCCGAGGCGCCAAAGGUGCCUGAUGAACCUCUAUACGAGAAUUGGCGCGAGAUAUCGUCUAAGGAACGCAAGAAGCGAGAGAAACAACUGAUGCGCAAGGGCCUUCCUAUCCCUGGCAAGGAUUUCGAGCUUCCAUCUGACAAGCCCGAAGAAGUGCCUGAACCGGUUGUUGAACUGGAGCCAGUGCCUGAACCAAUACCCGAGCCUGAGCCAGAGCCGGAACCGGAACCCGAGCCCGAACCCGAGCCCGAACCGGUGCCUGAGCCAGAGCCUGAGCCUGAACCAGAGAGACCGGCCGAAGAGGAUUCCUGGGGAAUCUGGGGUCCAGCAAAGGAGAAGAAAAAGAAGAAGAAGGGCAAGGAGAUCGAAGAACCUCCUCCACGUGCGCCGACACCUCCUGCUCAGGGUCUGAGUCCAGAUCCGGAAGCUUUCCAUGAUAAUACCGACGACAUUUGGGCUGAGCUAGCCCCUAAGACCUCUAAGGGCUCAAAGAAGACCACAAAGGCCAUCGAAGCUCCUCCCAAAGAGGAAAAAGCAUCCAAAGGCUUUUGGUCGAGCCUAACUGGAGGAUCUACCAGCAAAACUAAAUCAACGAAGAAAGCGAAAGAGGAGAAGAAGGAACCAGAGCUCAUAGAGGAGGAAGACCUGCUUAUCGAUGUUGAGGAUAACCCUCCAGAGGCCGAACCAGAGCCAGCGCCUGAGCCAGAGCCAGAACCUGAAGCAGAACCAGAACCGGUCCCUGAACCCGAAAAGACCAAGUCUAAGUCUUCCAAGCUCAGUGUUGCUGAACGCAUCAAGGCCCUCGAGCAGGCCAAGAAGGAGAAGGCAAAGGCAGAAAAAUUAAGCGCCAAGAGCAAAUCCAAGGAAAAGAAGAUCGAACCGGAACCCGAGCCAGACCCAGAGCCUGAACCUCCCAUAGAGGAGCCCGCUCCAGCGAAGAAGAGUUCAAAGUCCAAGUCUAAAACAGCAGAAGCUCUUGAGUCUGAAGAAAGGAAAGUUUCCAAGGACUCUAUUCCUGGAAGCUUCCCAGACUUUGGAGAUGAUCCCGAGCCCGAACCUGAACCCGAGCCUGAGCCUGAGCCGGAGCCUGAACCUGAGCCAGAGCCGGAGCCCGAACCAGAGCCGGAACCGGAACCAGAGCCAUCAGCCCCAGAUCUUUCAAAAAUGUCGAAAAAGGAACUUAAGAAGUACAAAAAGGCCGAAGCUGAGAAAGCCGCAGCUGCAGCCGCCGCAGCUGCUGCGGCUCCCAGGGAGCCAACCCCACCACCUCCCGAGGAAACACGUGAACUAGACCCGGAGCCAGAGCCAAUAGCAGAACCAGAACAAGAACCAGAGCCCGAAGCUGAGCCCGAAGCUGAGCUUGCGCCUGAGCCCGAACCUGAACCUGAACCUGAACCCGAGGUUGUGCCUGAGGAGAUAGCAAAGGGCGAAGCUGCUCCUCCCGUGCCUCCAUCGGUGCCUACCGAAGAGCCUCCAAAAUCCUCCAAGAAGGAGCGACCGCGCCCUGAGCGCACUACAACCAGUUCUUCGUGGGGCUUUUGGGGGGCUGCGCCGCCUCCGAAGAAGUCGAGUAAGAAGGAAAAGAGUACGGAGGAAGCCGAAGCUCCAAAGAAAUUGACUAAGAAGGAAAAGACUCCGGAAGAAGCAGAGCCUCCAAAGAAAUUGACUAAGAAGGAAAAGGUUCAAGAGGAAGCAGAGACUCCAACGAAACUGAGUAAGAAGGAAAAGGUUCAAGAGGAAGUAGAACCUCCCAAGAAAAAAGAGUCUACUCGAGAACUUUCUCCUGCAGCGAGGACAAAAUCAACAAGGUCUCGACCCAAAGACCCCGAGCCAGAAUUGGAAAGGUCUUCGUCUGACCGGGAAAAGCGCCGAGAACGAGAGGGGCGGCCCUCGAAGAAUCAACGUGGCGUCGCCUUGGCCAACAUGGUACUGGGUACACCCCAGUCCAAAAGCAAAUCGACUCGCAAACCUGGUUCUUCUUCGAAACCCGUAUCCAGGCGUCCAUCAUUUGAUAUAGAGGACAAAUCUGUCGAUCCACCUCUGGAUGAGAAGCCUGAGGUUUCUGACAAAGCAGCCAAGCUGAUGGGCAUGGAUCCCUCCAAGUCACGACGUGAGCGCCCGCGCACGGACAGGCGGAAGUCAGUUCGAGAUCCGUAUGCGAUCGAGGAUGAUGACCUCGUUAUGGUUGAUAUGGAGGAUGCCGAGGGUCACUCACCCAGGGAGGGCUCCAAGGGCUCACGGCGCAAGUCGAAGAGACAGCCAAGGCCCAGACCUGAUGACGAGGAUGAUGCUGUCCUGGUUGAUCCAUAUCAAGCAUAUCCCACCGCAGAAAUUAUGUCAGGACCCGAGGAUAUGGCCUUUGUUGAUGCGCCUCCUAGAGAACGCCGUCUGAAGCGCGCCAACACCGCGCCGCCGAAGAAACAAGAGUCCGGUGGAUUCAUGGGGCUUUUGGAUUCUUUGAGAAAAACCACACGACCUGACCGCCCCGAACGCCCAGAGAUGCCUGAAAGACGAAAGUCGCGCUCGUAUCGUGAUGACGAUGCAAGAUAUCCGGCAGAAAUGGAGCGCGAAGGUGCUCGCAGAUCGCGACGCGAAGAUCGACGCCGAGGAUCUGUCCGACCAGACACUGAUGCCGAAGGAUUCAUGACUGACGCCCCCGGUAUAGCACCAGGCGGCGACACAGAAGCCGAAGAAGCGGAAGCUCGACGCGCAGCUCGACAGGCACGACGUGGAUCCCGCAAAGCACCUUCUGACUCUCGUGAAAACGAAGCUCGGGAAGCAGAGGAGCGGCGCGCGAGGCGAAAGGAACGGGCGCGCGAACAGCGUGCUCGCGAAGAGGAAGAGGAAGAACGUCUACGAGAGGAAGACCGUCUACGGGAAGAAAAACGGGCCCGACGCGCUGCACGCGAAGAACGUCGGGCUCGAGAAGAGCAAGCGGCUCGCGAAGCCGAAGCCGAAGCCGCGGCUGAAGCUAGAGCUGCAGAACGCCGUGAGCGCCGACGAAUGCGCGAAGAGGAAAUGAUGGCCGCGAGAGCGAGUCGUCGUCGUGAACGUGAGCAAAGGAUUCCUGAUGAUUUCUAUCCCGAUGAGCGUGAGACAGAUCGUCGGGGUGCUCGUAGCUCCCGCGCGUUUGAAGAACCGACCGCUCGUCGUCGCAAGUCUAAGGUCGCCCCUGAGCCAACUCGGGAGCCACUCAUGACUGGUGGUCUAAAUUCUGGCCGCGGUGCGAAAGAUAAGAUUUCCUCUUGGGUUUACCAGCAAAGUGAUGAGCCUCCGGAGCCACCGGAGAUCGUCCCCACUCUUAUUGAUAUGCCUCCUCUUGCAGCUGAUGAAGGAGGUAAUGCUCACUCUCUUUCGUCAGAUGAGGAAGCUCGUCGCGCUCUGCGCCGUAAGGCACGUCGUCGCGCUAAGUAUGAAGAGGAGAUUGAUGAUUCCCGCUCUCGGCAUCGCGGCUCUCGUCGUGAUGGUGUAAAGAGCAGCUCUGGAAGUGGUGAUUAUGAACGUGAUCGUGGGAUGAGGUCCCAGCCGGGGAGUCGACAAGGUGCUCCGCCGAGUUCUGGUGCUAAGAAACCCAGUUGGUUCCGCAAAUUGACGAACCUGUAA